AUGACAACUUCACCUACUAAAACGAAACAAAAAUUGUCACUGCGAAAACGUCUAUUUGUAAAAAAAUCGCCGAAAGUUGGGUGCUUCGUCGAUACAGAUUCCAAUGAUGAAUUCGCGCAGACUUCGUCUCGACCUAUCUCUCCUGCGGAUCCCUUCUUAGCUCAAAGUGCUCACAGUGCCGACCAUAGCAUAGAAGCGUCAAACCAUCCAAACUCUUCUGCAGAACCACUGUAUAACAAUGUAAGUCAUUCUGCACCUAACUACCAUCAUGAAGACGACACUAAUCCAAAGUGUUGUCGAACAUUCUUCAGACGAUCACGUCCUAAAAGCCUCGUCGAUAACCAGCUUACUAAAGACGAGGCUCGAUCAAUAACAGGUAGUCCAGAGAAUAAUUCUAACAGCAUAAGUGAUCAAACUAUCUGCUCACAGACAAAAUCUGAAGAAAUACCCAAAGCUACAGUGAAGUUCCCUAAAAGUGAUGAUGCUAAGAAAUGCUUUGAACAUUCAGGAUCAUUUGAAGGAAUCAAACCAAAGAGUAAAUUAUUUGUUAAGAGAUUAUCAGCUGAUCAUUUGAUAUCUAAUGAGUCGAAGCCGUUGUACCGCGCCUCGUCGCCAGAGAGUGACCGAAGUAGCUCUUUAGAUCGAAAAAGAAGGACCAAGUCGACUAUAGCACGGUCGUCUUCACGUGCUGGGAGUACUGACAGUUUAGCACGUAACUCGCUGCUUGCUGCACAGGUGCUGCGUCUCAUACCCACGCAGGAGGCACGAGAAAGAAACUACCUAUAUGGGCGUCUUGCAUCCCAUUCUCUUCUUGGAGCUGCUGAACUAGAGCAUGUCUUCCCAGACAGAGAAGUCAAAAUAUUUGUAGGAACAUGGAAUAUGAAUGGACAGCCCCCACCCAAGGAAUUAGCAGAUUUUAUCUUCCCAAAUCAAGUGACGCAUGUGCCAGAUAUAUUUGCAAUUGGAACGCAGGAAUCUUUUUCUGAGCGCACCGAAUGGGAGAUAACAAUUCAGGAAGUAUUGGGACCAUCUCAUCUGUUACUGCAUUCUUAUUAUUUAGGCACAAUCCACUUAAUGAUAUUUAUAAGAAGAGAUCUCAUUUGGUUUUGUUCUCUUCCUGAAGACGCGAGUUUGUCAGUGAGACCUGGUACCGCCUUUAGGACUAAGGGAGCCGUUGCUAUAUCCUUCGCACUAUUUGGUUCCACGUUUCUAUUUGUAACGGCCCAUUUGACAGCACAUCAGGAGAAGGUUAAAGAAAGAGUGUCGGAUAUCAAAAGGAUUAUUAGGUCCAUUGAUUUGCCAAAGAAUUUGCCUUGUCGACAUAAAAGUAAAGAUGUGACCAAUAAUUUCGACUAUGUAUUUUGGUGUGGAGACUUAAACUUCAGAUUGGGGGAACCCAGAGCUGCGCUGCUGCGGUGGAUCGAACAAACAGAAUUCCCGUUGCCACAUCACCUGCCGCAUGGUUUACUUCAUGCGGAUCAGUUGACUGCGGUCCUGGAAGACGGGGCGGCCUUCCGAGACUUUAGAGAGGCGCCCAUCACGUUCCCCCCUACUUACAAGUACGAUCCUGGCAGUCAACAGUUCGACACGUCGAGCAAGCAAAGGGCGCCGGCUUACACAGAUAGGAUACUGUACAAAGCGAGAUCAAUGACCACUAAUUCUUCGUCUGCGUUUUCUGGUCUGCGUCGGAUCAGCUCAGUGCCAGUGACGUCGGGCGUCAAGUGCUUGGCAUACAAUAGCGUGCAAUCAGUGUGUACCAGCGAUCAUAAGCCGGUGUGGGGACUAUUCUCCACUAUGCUGCGGCCGGGAACUGAUGUGGUCCCCUUAGCAGCUGGUUUAUUCAACCGCGAAGUUUAUCUCGAAGGUAUCAAGCGUAGAAGAGCUCUGCUCGACCACGCCCCAGGCACGUCCGCGGUAUGUAACGUUCAAUAA